AGACGGUGUGUUUUGGGGAAAGUCGAGGAGACCACAGAAAGCCGGUUUGGACUGGCACAAAAAGCACCAGGAGCAGAGGUCGUGGAAUGGAACAUCCCCAAAGGAACCCAGGACUUAAAAACCCUCCUGAGAGCUGGAGCAAUUCGGAGAACACAGCAGAUUCUUGGACAACCUGGGCCUAGGACAGCACUCCCCUCCACCCCACCCACUCUCUUCUUCUUUUGAUGUUACACCUAGACCUGGCCAGUCUGGGUCAUGCAUGUGUGAGAUCAUCGGGGGCCGGGAAGCCAAGCCCCACUCCAGACGCUACAUGGCCUAUCUGGAAAUACAAGUUGGGCAGGUUAAAAAAAAGUGUGGAGGGUUCCUGGUGAAGACAAACUUCGUGCUGACGGCUGCUCACUGCAAUGGAGACAAGAUUAUUGUCAAGCUGGGAGCCCAUAACAUCAGUGAACAGGAACGGAGCCAACAGAAAAUCCCUGUGCGCCGCCGGAUCCCCCACCCGCAAUAUGACAAGAAGACCCUUAACAAUGACAUCAUGCUGCUGCAGGGUGAUUCUGGUGGCCCCUUGGUAUGUGAGGGAGUGGCCCAGGGCAUCGCUUCAUAUGGAAGCAGAUGGGAUCCCCCCCCUGGGGUGUACACAAGAGUCUCCACCUUCAUCCCCUGGAUACAGGAGAUGAUGAAGAGGCUGUAG